AUGGAAAAGAAAGCGAGAAAGAAGAACCAAAAUGACAAGGCUCUCGCUGGUAACAAGCGGGGAAGGAAGAAAAAGGAGAGUCACUCCGAGGAGGGGGAGGAGGCAGACCAAGCUGGCGAGGCGAAGCAGACAAUCGCGACAAACGCGGCGAAGCAGACAAACGCGGCGAAGCAGACAAUCGCGACAAACGCGGCCAGUGUGACCAGUUUCACGGAGGCGCGGCUCGUCCCGCGGGGCGCGGUAAGGGGCAGGGUGUGCCCGUACCUGCGUACCAUCAACAGAAACCUGCUGGACUUUGAUUUCGAAAAGUUGUGCAGCAUCAGCAUGUCAAACUUGCAUGUAUACGCAUGCCUAGUCUGCGGACUGUACUUCCAAGGAAUAGGAAAAGGAACCUAUGCAUACACACACGCACUGGAAAAAAACCAUUACGUCUUCAUAAAUUUGGAAACAUGCAAAACGUGUUGCCUUCCAGAAAAUUACGAAAUCGAAGAUGCAUCUCUAAAUGAUAUAAAAUAUUUCUUAAAACCAAUGUAUACCAUACAACAAGUAGAAUACAUAUGUCGUAAUUCCAUUUUGGGAAAAUCGCUAGAUGGUGCAGAUUUUUUUCCUGGCUUUGUAGGACUCAACAAUUUAAAAAAUACGGACUACUGCAAUGUUAUUAUUCAACUUGUGUGUAGCAUUAUUCCAUUGAGAAAUUAUUUUUUAAUAUUUCAAAAUAAAAAAUAUAUGACCAAAAAUAUUAUUUCUUCUUUAUCUGAAUUGAUUAAAAAAAUUUUUAACCCUCGAAAUUUCAAGGGGGUUGUUUCUCCUCAUGAGUUUUUACAAACAGUUGGCAUUGAAUCUAAGAAGAACUUCAAAAUU